AUGGAACGCAAACCCACCAGGCCAUCCCGCAGCCGAGCAGUAAGCCAAUACCAGUAUCAGAGAGCAUAUCAGGCCUGCAUCCCUUGUGCAAGACGCAAAACUAAAUGCAAGCGCAGUGACAAUGCAAUCGCCUGCGAGAGGUGCGAAAAGAAGGGUAUCCGGUGCAUGUCUAGUAGCAAGCGACCAUGGUCGCGAAGCACUCCUAAUGGGAAUAACCUGGAUACAUAUUCACCGCCCGUCACCCCGGAUGCUGAACCUGAUUCAGCACUAAGAAUGAGAGAGAUCCAUGACUUCGACGGUUCACGAAGCCCAAUCGAAAAUGAGGCCCGAAGGAAAGACAGCUUAGAGCAAGAUAUCGACCCAGAACAACGGCGGUUGACUAGAGGAAAGGAGUUCUCUCAGUCAAUGAUGGAAACAGUGGUCUCCAACGAACAGGAUGCCAUGAGAUUGUUAUUCAAAGCAGCGGCCCCGUCAAAACGUCCCACCGAAGUCGCCAUACCCCUGUCGUCGAGACUUCACAGUGACAGCAAUGAGGUGUAUAGUUACCGAGACGCUCUCCGUGUGUGGAAUGCAUGCCGUUUUGUUCGAAUGGGGUGGUUUACAGCCCAAGAGGCCGUUUCUCUCUUAGAAUGGUUUUUCACUCACCUCAGCCCGCUUUCGCCAAUACUGACCGAUUUCUAUGCUACUCCCGCGAAUCAUUUCUGGCUUGUUACACAAGAACCCUUCCUUUGCUGUACCAUCCUCCUUCUCGCCUCACGUUAUUACAUUCUUCCCGGUCGCGCCGGGAGAGUACGAUCCUCGUUUAUCCAUCACCGUCUUAGUCAACACUGCCAGCACCUCUUGCUCCGAGUCAUGCUUGGGCAGGAAAAAUUCUCCAAGGCCAAGACACGAACCCUAGGUACGAUAGAGGCAUUGCUGCUGCUCUGUGAAUGGUACCCCAAGUCGUUACACUUCCCUCCAGAGAGCGAUGGUUGGGAUUCGGACUUGAUUAUGACGAACCCGGACGUGCGCGACCCGCAGCUGGAGAGCGAGCAUGAGCUUUCUGUCUCGCUUCAGUGGCAACAAGAAGUCAUUGAGCCGACCAAGCGUCUCGAGCGUAUGUCCUGGAUGAUCCUCAGUGCAGCCGUCGCCCUUGCCCAUGAGUUGGGGGUGUUCAGGGAUGAAGUUACGUUGGUGCCAGUCCAGACGCAGACUCGAUCAGACAGCAAAGUAUAUCACGAGACCCUGGAACUGAGGCGAAAACGACUUCCUUCUCUGCUGUUGGUCUAUUCAGACAUGGUAUCCGCACGGAUUGGGUGUGACUCGCUCAUCUCUUUGGACCCCAACUCGCCGAGUGUUCUCCUAUGUGCGGAUGACGAAUGGUGGGUGCCGAUGCGGUUGUGGGUAAGGCUCAUGCAGAUCUUCAGGUCUAUAACGUCUACCUAUACCGCCAUCUUGAAAGAGGCUAGACCUGGUGCUUCGAUCAGGUCUCUGAUUGAUGCGAAAAGUGAGGAGCUUUCCGAAUGGAGAUCCAUCUAUGAGUCAAUCACCGUAAAACAGACAAGCUUCAGCAACACCCUUUUCAUUGAUUACCAGCAUGUCUAUACCAUACUAAACUCCAUCGGCAUGCAGGAGAGGCUCGCCCUCAACUCUCCGCGAGACAUCAGUUCUCCAUGCGGAUAUACCGAUGCCGUAAUCGACGGGUGUACCCAGAUCCUCGCCAAAAUAUCCACACUGAGCCAUAGUGGGCUUUUGCGCUAUAUGCCCGUUCGUAUAUUUUUCCGGAUGGCCAGUAGCUCAGUUUUUCUUCUAAAGGGUUUGGCGUUAGGGACACCCCGGGUGCGACUUAUUUCAGCUCUCAGAACACUAGAGUCCACAAUCGAAGGGUUACAGGAGGUAUUAGCCGAGGACGAGCUUCACUUAGGUGGCCGCUAUGCCAAGCUCCUGGUAAUCGUGGUGGCCCGUCUCCGGAAAUCCCUCCUUGAUGCAUCCUAUGUUUGCAGUGAUCCUGGAGAGGAGCAGAUCAGGAGCCCCAACAGGCAGGAUUAUAUGGAAGAUGUGAAUCCAGAGGCCCCCUUACCGAUAACAGACAAGAACGUCGGCUUUCAUAUACAAACAUCGAGUCCUGAAGAAGGUCGAGACCUUUUCAGCGAUGACCAAUGGCUCUCCCUUCCCUUCGACACUUCCAUGGCUCCUUUUGGGGAAUUCCUUGGCGACCUGGGCGUCUUGCCCGAUCCUAUCGACACGGAUCUAGAUUUUCUAUGGAAUUUGCCGCCUUGA